AACAAAAGGAUGGUAAGUAUAAACAUUAUUAUAUUGGUUUUCACUUAUUAAUUAUUGUUUAUUAGAUCAAAUUAUGAAGCUGCAGGCCCAAUUAUUGGAACAACACAAAAUAUUAGAUAACAGCAAAGCUAAGGAUGCUCAAAUUUUGAGUCUACAAGCUCAGCUAGGGGAAAAGAACAAAUUGGAACGGAACAGUUUCCAAACAGUGAAGGAGGUUUUUCCAAACUCAUCCCUAACUGAACAUGAGGAUGAAUUGGCAUUAGGCGAACACAGUCAGUUAUUCAGUCUACCACCUGACAGUGUGUUAAAGUUAAAUUCUGUUAGUGCUGCACUAAAAGAAUUGUUAGUAAUAAGUCAAUGCAGCGAAGGAAGUGAACACUUGUGGGACCGUAUUUGGGCUGAAAAUGGGUGGGGUACGGAAACCCAGAAAUAGCACGAGUUCAACAU